AUGGAUAAAGAGUUAAAUGUUACCUUUCUAACUCUGGACUGGUACACGGAAAUUAACAAGUACAGAUAUAUUUUCUUUUUUAUUAUGUUUACACUAUAUAUUCUAAUAAUCUGCACUAAUUCUACUAUUGUGUAUUUAAUCUGGAUUCAUAAAAACCUCCAUGAGCCUAUGUACAUUUUCAUUGCUGCUUUGCUACUUAACUCUGUUCUUUACAGCACAACUAUUUACCCAAAACUUUUGAUUGACGUUUUAUCUGAUAAACAAGUCACAAUAUAUUCAGCCUGUCUCUUUCAGUUUUUUAUGUUUUACACUCUAGGUGGUUCAGAAUUUUUUCUCCUGGCUGCCAUGGCCUAUGACAGAUAUGUGGCUAUAUGUAAACCUCUACAAUAUCAUAUUAUCAUGAGAAAAACCACUGUGAGUAUUUCCCUGAUCAUAGCUUGGCUUGUACCUGCUUGUCAUAUUGCAGUCCUAGCAAUAGCGAGUGCUGAAGCUAAACUGUGUGACUCUAAUAUAAAAGGAAUAUUUUGUAAUAAUGCAGUUUACACUCUUCAGUGUCAAAGAUCAAGAUUAAUUAUCAUCUUUGGUGUGAUUGCAUUACUAGAUCUUGUAAUACUUCCUAUGCUCUUCAUAGUUUUCACAUACACAACAAUUUUCAUUGUUUCUUAUCAAAGUUGUAAAGAAAUUAGGAAGAAAGCUGCAGAGACUUGUUUACCCCAUCUCUUAGUUUUAAUUAGUGCCUGUUUGUUUUUUGUGUAUGAUGUAAGCAUAGCUCGGGUGGAAGCAGAUUUUCCAAAAACUGCACGCAUAGUAAUGACAUUACAAAUAGUGCUCUAUCACCCUUUGUUUAAUCCAUUUGUAUAUGGGCUCAAAAUGAAGGAAAUUUCAAAACACCUAAAAGGGCUGCUUUGUCAGGGCAAAAAUAACUUCUUGUAUUAA